AUAAAUAAAAGAAUUGACUAAAUUAUUGUUAGAGAAAUAUAUGGUAACAUAUUGUUAGUAUAAAUUUAAGGUAAAACAAAAAAAUAAUAAAUUAAAUGAAAGGGUCCAAACAACUUUUAUAGGUAGAUUUUUUUAGAUUCCUUCCCUUUUAAUAGUAUUGAUGAUGAGACAUAAGAUUGGAGUUCUUUAUGAUAAACCCUACAAUAAUCAUUACUUCCAGUUUGUCUAAGGAACCACAAUGGUGAAUCUAGUGGCCAUAAAUGCAUUAAGCCAAAGGAAUAAUAAGAAUUUUGAUACUAUUUUAAUUUAUGAUACAAUAAAUUUAAGGAUCCUUUUUUUUUUACUUGAGUUUAAGAUUUUACUGAUAAAUAUGUGAUAGUUUGUUCGUUUCGAAAAUUCUUAAACCUCUUUAUGAUUAAAAUGUUUAUUUUGUUGAACUUGUUGAUCUUUAUAAAUAAAACAUAAAACGGACGAUUCAUAAUCAUUUAAUUAAAUAUUACUUUCCUCUCAAUAAUAUAUCUCAGAUUUUCUAAACAACAAUAUAUUUUCACUUUUAUCAGUCAGCCAAUUAUUUCCCACAUCUUUAUAUCCUAAAAUAAAUUCCCGAUUAUAUUUUGAUUAGUCUAAGAUUAUUUUUGAGGUGCUAGGUCCAUCCCAAACAUCCAUUAACCUCUAGUAGAGUAGUAUUAUCCCGAACACACACAAAAAACAAAAAACAAAAAACAAAAAACAAAAAACAAAAAACUUUUGCCUUUAUUUGAAAUAAUCAAAAAGUUUCAACUGUACUACUAAUUCAACAUCUCUGGUUCAAACAAAAACCAGAGAAGUGCGUGUAUUGACUUUGACUAAGACCAGACGUACCGGUGAAGAUCAACUUUGAACUAGUUGGUGAUGGUAAGUUAACACUAUACGUUGCUAUUUUUUUGACCGCAUUAGAUCAAUGUCAACACUGUUAUUUCAUUUUACGUUUUAAGUUUUAACAUACCAUCACCAACUAGUUCAAAGUUGAUCUUCACCUAACAAACCCGGUUUAUAACAGACUCGGUCAACAAAAAGAGUUGACCAACAACCUAGUGAUGAUACCUAUCCUUUUAUAAGGAGUAACAACUGCGUUAACAAAGUUCCAUCACAAACCAAACUACACACAAUAUCUCUCUCUCAAAGAACAUCAACAAGAGAAUUUUCUUUUCAAGAAAUCAACAAUGGAGAAUCUGAGAAAUGGCGAAAAAGGCCACUCUCAUUGGAUCCAAUUUAUGUUAUUUGAUCAAUCUUCAAUAACAACUCUUCUCUUGAAGUGUCUUGGCCUCGAAAGUUCUUCAUCCUCAUCUUCUAGCUCUUCCGUGUCAUCUCACUGUGAGGAAGAAGACGAUAUCCAGAUGAAGGAGGAUGAAGAUGAUAUGACCGUUGAAACCACAGAGCGGAGGUUGCAGAAGAGUAAGCCUAAGCCUAAGCCAAAGCCAAGCCCAGGAAUAGGAGGCAAAAUCAACUAGGAUUCAUGUAAACCUAUACGUGUAUACUAUAGUCUUUACUUUAAAUAUACAAACACACACACAUAUACAGAAUAAGUAAAUGCAAAUGCAUACAAACAAAGCUGUAAUAUGAUUUAUAUAGUCAUAUGUUUUGAAUGUCAAUCUGAUAAUAAAAUCAAGUUUAGUGUUAUUAUUUGCUUACCGAUUAACAUAAGAUAAUCAGCUUCAGCAUGCAUAGGCUUAAUUAAUCGAUUAGGCCUAUUAAUAAUCGAGUGACUGAACAAAUGCAACCUUCAGCUUCAAUGGGGUAAUUAGUGAUUAAACGGCCGGCCACAUAGACCGACUUUUUUAAUGCCAAACAUAAUAUUUUUUUAUAAAUGUUCAAGAAAAAUAGUUUCUAAACAGAUGUUUUCAUCAGUGUUUCAAAAAAAAAAAAAAAAAAAAAAAAACAGAUGUUUUCAUCAAUAUGAAUUUUUCAUACAACGGUUGUUAGUUGUGUUACUUGUCUAUUAGUUAAGCAAUAAGAAUUUUUCAUACAACGGUUGUUAGUUGUGUUACUUGUCUAUUAGUAUUAUUUUGUUUUGUUAAAAAAACAUUCUCAUUUGCUUACUUUUUGUUUUUACUUUAGGGGGAAUGACUGAGGAGAAAAAGGUUUUAGCUAAAUGGUUGAAGGAAAACGUAUUGAGAUUAGGUCCUAUAUUUAUUAAAAAUUGGCCAGCAGUUUUCUACCAGAGUGGAUAUUCUUCCUCAAGAAUAUGUUUUGAUCAAUUAUCAGAACUUCAGCUGCAGCUAGUCUUGGUAAUAGUCUUUUGUGGUAAUGUAUGAAUCUUACCUGGAGCAAGCAAGAAAACUAUGACAAUCGCAGUCUUACAAACAGAGAUCAAUCUUGUCUCUCUCAACAAAAAAAAAA